AUGUUUUCUAUCUCCCCCAUUGAUCAGCGCUAUUGAUCAGAGAGCCUGGUCGAUUGCUUCACGGUCCAGUGAUGAUGGACCUACAUACAGUCCCGGGAUACACAAGUCAAGCUUCACACUUGGUGGCAUAAAUCGGGAACGCCCUGUUUUCAACAAGAACGCGGUAGUUAAUUCCACUAGAGUACCCAUCGCUGAAUGGACUGCCGUCGUCUAAAUAAUUCAGAACAAACCCUGGGUGCCAUGCCUGAGUGACGCUGAAUAAGAUCCCAGUCGUGACGUUGGCAUUUUUUCUGUUUAAACAAGAAUGUCUGCCUGAACAUGGAUCCAUGUUUCUAAAAUGGCGUGAAUUUUCUGACUAAAGAUCAUGAUGGACAGAAAAGACAAACGGACCCCUGUGAUGGACAUAUUUCCUGGGGAGGGGGAGCAGAAAGAGCAGAAAGUCCGGACACAGAUCAAGAAGUUUGAGGAGAAAGCCCGUCUUAACUUUAACAAGAGCCGUCCCGCCCCCCAGCCCCCGGGCCGGUCAUUCGCCCUCCCUAAGAUCGGCAACUACCAGCCCAAGUCCUUGAUACUAUCUAACUACAAAAGUAAGGAUGAAAAUAAAACGGACUUCCAGAAACUAAAUGACAAGGAUGAACUUGUUGAAGAACCAAAGAAGUACAUGAUAAUUGGUGAUAAGGACACACCCAUCACAAUCCAUCAAUCAUCGGAUAUCAUAGACACGCCCCCAGAGAAUGAAUUCUUCCCACGAUUCGGCUCCGACAAUCCAGUGUAUGAACCGGAGGAAACACCCACCAUCGCUGCUGAAAACGAUUCAAUGCUAGAUUUCGAGAAAACUAGCAAAAACCCUCUGUUCGGUGAAAACGUAGACGAUAUUUUAUCUCAACAGACUGAAUCCGGUGAUGUUGAAAUGAUAGACGAGAUUUCAGUAAUUGAUACCAAACCCACACACAAGAAAAGACCGGCGCCCCCUCCCCCAGUUCUAGCCUCGCCAAAACUAGAGGCUGAGGAGGAAUACCCCGCCCCGGACUACGAGCCCGAACCCGACUAUGAUGACGACGAAACGGCGAAAAAAGUCUAUCCGCCAUCACUCAACUCGAAUGCGCUGCGGCCACCAACGGAACGAGAGAUGGAAGGGGACGACUUCUCCAAAUAUUUACACGACAGUGAGGACGAGGAUUAUUUCUCAGACCACACGUACACGUGGAGGAACAAGAUCAAAUAUAAGCGGAAAAACCCGCCAAAUCGUCCGGUGUCGCAUCCCGGGAAAAAGAAAGACGGUCAUUCGAAAUCCAAACCAACUCAAGUGAAAUCCUCCAGUCUGAAUAAAGUCCCUGAAGAAGAUAUGGGACGGAGAACAAUUCGUGACUUUAGUUAUACUGAUUGUAAAAUUGGUUAUGAUGAUAGAACAGUGAAAAGUACUACCGCUAUGGGGCGCUACAUGAAGCGCGGGAAAGACCGACUUCCGCUUCAGCAGGUAAGCACUGGAUCAUACGAGGACUUUCUAAGAAGUCGUUACAACGAGAAUGGCAGCAACGGAAGCGCUGAUAGUGGACACGAAACGGGGGACGAUUUUGAUAUGAACGCGGAAUUAUUCAGAAAGAGUCAACCCAAACAACUAAGAAACAAUAAACAAACUAUGUGGGAGAAGUUGACCUGGCGAUUUAAACGGAAUUCCAGGGGCUAUGCAAUGACUUAAUAUUGAGAUUCUAUCAUAUAUGGAGAAUGCUGAAUUGUUUUUUAUUUUUUGAACACUUUUACUGUCAAAGUGUCAGUGCUAUUUAGAUCCCCCGUCGGAUAACGUCGGAUUGCCAGAACAAGGUUGCUUUAUGUGAUAAUUCUUUUGAAUAUACAUGUACCAUGUUAAGAUUCCUAUAGUGCAGCUUUGAAUUUUAUCAUGGUCAUGAUUUAGGUAAAUUAUUAGCGUGAAAAGAAAUGGUAUAUUUACAUUGUUCCCGAUGAUGUUUUGUGGUCGUUAAUAUUUGUAUGUUCACGUUUUACUGAGGUAUACCAUAUAAUCUACAAACAACUCUUUAAAAUAAACCAACAACAAACAAUUGCUUCAAAACGCAAGGUUAAUGAAUUUAUUCAGAUACAGGAACGCUAUUCUUUGUGACAUAUGCCGGUUAAUGAAACUUGUAAAACUGCUCGUUCUCUGUAAAACGUGCAGCAUUUCCUCUCCUGUACAACCAUCUUGAAAUUCAUCAUUCAUACUUGGUUCCGUUGUGAUAGAAACUUUAAUUUGUUACCAUUGAUAAGCUUACGAAAGUUAGUGUUUAGCGAGAGGGUGUUUUUAUGUGCAAUAAUAUUCAACCAAUGAUUCCAAGGUAACCACAUUUAUAAUCUGCUAUCACGUGACUCUCGUCCAUUGACGACCUAGAUGUUGUACCACUUGCGUAUCUUGUUUUACAUGUACAUAUAAUUACAUGACUGCAUAAUUCCUACUUUAUGUUUUUGAAACACUAUUGUACAAACAUAGUUCGAUGACAAUGAUUGUGUAUAUAUAAGUAAACGUGUCUGACUGUAAACUAAUAUGUUUCGCAAUAACUGCUGUAUUGGUUUAUCAAAGGGCCAUAAUUGUAAACAAACCGUGAUAUUUUGAUACGAUAAAGUCAUAUAUAAAGUAUAUUUAAGAUAUUCCUUAUAAUAAAAUAUUGAAUGGAAAAUAAGAAA